AUGCUCAUCUGGCUAGCAAAUAUUACUACACUCUUGUGUGUUCUUCUCAUUCUGAACACUGGCCCCCAGUGGAUCUCAACGAUCGCCUUCAUCAACCUCACUAUUGCCGUCCUCGUCCGCCAGGACGCUGUUAUCAAUAUUCUCUACACAAUCUGCUGCUCGGUACCAAAGUCAUGGCCGUUGGCGAUCCGACGCCGGUUCGCAAAAAUCUAUCAUUUUGGUGGAGUUCACUCGGGUGCUGCAAUGGCCGCUACGGCCUGGUUCGCCGGCUCGAUCGGUUAUAACAUCUACAACCGUGUCGACGAUGCCAAAGCGAUUGCGAGAGUCUCACCCGCAACUCUGACCCUUUCCCUAAUCGUGUUACUCCUCCUAUUCGCAAUGAUCGGCUUUGCAUAUCCGACCUUUAGAAAGAAGCGUCACAACACGUUCGAGCGCGUCCAUCGCUUCUUCGGCUGGACAAUCCUCGGCAUCAUCUGGAUCCAGACAAUCCUCUCCAUCCGGGACCAGCGCGGCACACAAUCCUUGGGUCAUGCCGUCGUCUCUUCUCCUAAUUUCUGGAUGCUGCUCGUCAUCACUGCUAGCAUUGCAAGCUCGUGGAUUUUCCUCCGGAAGGUUGCCGUCGACGCCGAGGUCCUCUCCAAUCACGCCGUGCGCCUUCACUUUGACUACACGAUGCCGGUCAACGGGACGUUUACGCGACUGUCCGAACGGCCUCUCUUCGAGUGGCACUCAUUCGCAACAGUCCCCGCCCCAACAGCAGUGAACGGUAGACCGAAGGGGUACUCCCUUAUAGUCUCUCGCGCAGGGGAUUGGACAGGACGGCAAAUCAGCAAACCACCCACCCACCUGUGGGUCCGUGGUAUUCCCACCUGCGGUGUGAUGCGCAUUGUAACGCUCUUCAACCGCGUCGUCCUAGUCGGGACGGGCUCAGGUAUCGGUCCUCUCCUCGGGCAUAUCCAAGUCCCCACGUGCCCGAUACGGCUAGUCUGGUCGACGCCGAACCGCGUCGAUACAUUCGGGAAGGACAUCGUGGACGUGGUCUACGCUGCGGAGCCGGGGGCUAUCGUGCACGACACGAAGAAGCAAGGGCGGCCGGAUUUGGUGCGGCUGACGUGGGAUGCGGUGCAGGAGUUCCAGGCUGAGGCGGUUAUUGCGAUUUCGAAUGAGAAGUUGACUAAGAAGGUGGUUUAUGGGAUGGAGACGAGGGGAGUUCCUGCUUUUGGGGCAAUCUGGGAUAGCUAG